CUAUGUAACCAUAGACAUUUUGGCAUGUUUAAACAUGAGAACAAUUCCUGAGCCACACCUUCCAAAUUGCCUUAAUAACUUGCACAACUGGGAUGUUCCCUGACAGAGAGAGGUGUACUUUCUUUACAAAUAUCACAUGUUGUCCAAAAGAGGUAGCUCACAGUUCCCUCUAGCAGUGGUUCCAGUUGGGUUAUUGGAGGAGUGAAAGGGGGCCAGUACAGAGCUCAACAUUGUAGUGUUUGGGAAAAAUAUGACACGUCUUGUCGCAGCCAGCAGCUCCGCGGUCCCCACGGCAACGCCUCCCAGUCUAAUUGGCUUGGAGGCUGCGGACAUAGCCGUGGUGGUGGUCUACCUACUUCUGGUCAUGGCCGUCGCUGUCUGGGCAUCAGUGAGGGCCAACGGCGCCACGGUGGGGGGUUACUUCCUGGCAGGGCGCUCCAUGACCUGGUGGCCCGUCGGAGCCUCUCUGAUGUCCAGUAACAUCGGAAGCUCGUCGUUUAUCAUGCUGGCGGGGACGGCGGCGGCAGGAGGCAUCGCUGUGUCUAGCUUUGAGUUGAACGCGACAUGCUCCGUGGUGGCUCUGGGAUGGGUCUUCAUCCCGGUCUACAUUGCAGCCGGGGUGGUGACCCUGCCGGAAUACCUGGCCAAGCGCUUUGGAGGACGCCGGAUACGAAUCUACAUGUCGGUCCUCUCCCUGUUCCUCUACAUCUUCACCAAAAUAUCUACUGAGCUCUUCUCAGGAGCGUUGUUCAUCAAAGUUUCCCUCGGUUGGGAUCUCUACUGGUCCACAGGAGUCUUGUUGUUGAUCACUGCAGUGUACACAGUGGCAGGAGGUUUGUCAGCAGUUAUCUACACUGAUGCAAUCCAGACGGUGAUCAUGGUGGGAGGAGCCUUCACGCUGAUGUUCAUUGCCUUCUCCAAAGUAGGAUGGUACGAGGGUCUGAUGGAACGGUACAUGGCUGCCGUUCCCAUGGCAACAGUGGCCAACACCACGUGUCACCUCCCUCGCAGUGACGCCUUUCACAUAUUUCGAGAUCCGCUGUCAAGUGACAUGCCGUGGCCUGGCCUCAUCUUUGGCCUCGGUAUUAUUGGCAUCUGGUAUUGGUGCACUGACCAGGUAAUAGUUCAGAGGUCGCUGGCAGCGAAGUCGUUGUCACACGCCAAAGGAGCCAGCGUGUUGGCAGGUUACCUCAAAAUCUUACCAAUAUUUUUCAUCAUCAUACCAGGCAUGAUCAGCCGAGCACUGUUUCCAGAUGAGGUGGCCUGCGUGGAUCCAGCAGUGUGUCAGAGAGUGUGUGGAGCUUCACUUGGCUGCUCCAACAUCGCCUACCCUAAAAUGGUGGUGGAGCUCAUGCCUCUUGGUCUCCGUGGACUGAUGCUGGCUGUGAUGUUUGCCGGUCUGCUGUCUUCUCUGUCGUCCAUCUUCAACAGCAGCUCCACCGUCUUCACCUUGGACCUGUACCACAAAGUCCGGCCCGCCGCCUCCGAGAUGGAGCUCAUGGUUGUUGGCAGAGUGUUCACCCUGGUGCUGGUGUGUGUUAGCAUCUUGUGGAUUCCUGUCAUCCAAUCAGCCAGCAGCGGGAAACUCUUUGACUACGCCCAAUCAGUGGUCAGCUUUUUGACUCCGCCUGUUGGUGGUGUGUUCCUACUGGCCAUCUUCUGGACACGUGCCAAUGAGCAAGGUGCAUUCUGGGGCCUGAUGGUGGGGCUGGCGGUGGGAUUGAUCCGGAUGGUUCUGGAGUUCUCCUACGAGGUGUCGCCUUGCGGUGAGCCGGACCACCGUCCCGCCAUCGUGGCCAAGGUCCACUUCCUUUACUUCGCCACCCUCCUCCUGGGGCUCACCUGCCUGAUUGUAGUCGUGGUCAGCCUGGCCACGCCCCCGAUACCUGCACAGCACCUGCACAGGUUGACUUGGUGGUCCCGGCACAGCAAGCAGCCUCGCCUCGAUCUGGCCAGGACCUUCGUGACCUCCGACCCCGCCGGCCCUUCUGCGCGCCCACCGGUCUCCUGGUGCCGAAGGAUAGUUCUGCAGCUCUGCGGUCUGACUGGGCCCGAUUCUGCUCCUCCUGCGGCUGAAGGAGCUAAGCUGAACUCCCUGAAGGAGGCGCCGCUGUGGAGGAACAUCUGCAACGUCAACGCCUUGCUGCUGCUCGCCAUUACCGUUUUUCUGUGGGGGUACUUCGCCUAACUCGGCAGUCCCUCCGAGUCUUGUUACCCAGUUCCUUGUGCACACUUCCAAAUGUGUUCUAAAACCUCUUUUACAGUCUACCUACUGAAACUUCACCUUUACUAUUACCGUAUUUUCCAGACCACAUUUUAAGGAUGACUGCGGGUCUAGUCAGGUCUAUUUCCAUACAAAAGGCAUACCGGAUUAUAAGGCGCAUUAAAGGAGUCAUAUUAUUAUGAUUAUUUUCUAAAUGUAAAAGACUUCCUUGAGGUCUACAUAACAUGUAAUGCUGCUUCUUUGCUCAAAAUGUUGCAUAGAUGAUGUUUUACACAUCAUCUUCAACUCACUUCAAGAUGUGCCAUUUUGUGGGCGCUCUUAUUUACGUGCCUCCACAUGGACAGCGUCUUCUCCCCGUCAUCCUUGUUGUAGCGGUGUAGCGUGCAAGGACAGGUGUGUAAGAAGUGUCCAAAGAUGGAGCUAACUGUUUUAAUGACAUUCACACUUUACUUCCAUCAAUAACGGAGCAGCAUCUCCUCAUCCGUGGCUCACUAGUGCAACAACAACACCCGAAACGUGUCCCGUGACCGGAACGCUCUAAUAAGUAAAGUUCCUUGGGUGAAUAAUGUAAAGUCACUACACCGGUAUGUUUUAGUGCUUUCAUGGUGAGUUUACUGACAGAUAUAAGUAAGAACUUGACACUACUUUAUAUUAGAAAUGGCAACAACGGAGGAUGAAUGUCACAUAACAAGAAGAUAGAGAAGAAGAAGAACAUUAUCGACUACGGUGUCGACACGGACUACAAAAGCGGGCGCGCGCAAUUUUUCAGGACUUAUGCAGAUCCCAAAUAUACAUCAGCAGGUAAUAGAAGGUAAGAAAAGUUGCUUUUGCAUAAUAUUUUGAAACAAAACAGCAGAUAAUAUGUCUUACCUUAUACACACAGCAUAAUAAUACUCCUAUGUUGAAGCACAGUACAAUCCAUCAAGUGGUGUGGCUUCAUAGCUUACCAAAGUCCUACUAAAACAUUUGGAUAGAUUUUUAAGUGCCGUGUGUAAUGUUCUAUAUUCUCAAUGGAACAUUUGAAAUGUUGGUGUUGUUUACUUGCGUCAUAUUGCAGCCUACAUGUAUCUCUUAUGUGUGACUGCCAUCAUAUUGCAAUCUACACAUAUCUUACCAUACCAUACCAUACCAACUUUAUUUAUAAAGCCCUUUAAAAACAACCACAGUUGAAAAACAAAGGGCUGUACACCACAAAGAAAUAAAGGCAAAGGACAGACUAAAAAAUAAAAUUUAAAACAGAAGUAAAAUACACAUUAAAAAAGCAAAUACAAAAUUACCCUAAGAACAAUUUUGUUAGAUAAAAAGCAGUUAAAAAAGUUAAAAGUUAAAAACAGUUUAAAGUCUCAUGCUGGGUUAAAAGCCAGUGAAUAAAAAUGGGUUUUAAGAAGGGUCUUAAAAAUAGCCAAAGAAGGGGCCUGUCUCACAUGAAGUGGAAGAUCAUUCCAGAGUUUGGGGCCCGCAACAGAGAAGGCUCUUAUGUGUGACUGCCAUCUACUGGCCACACGUAUUACACCAUGUACCAAAUAAAGUAGUUUCGAGGUCGGUAAGCAAAACCAAAAUUAUUCUGUACAUUAGUUAUAAGGCGCACUGUCGAGUUUUGAGAAAAUGAAAGGAUUUUAUGUGCGCCUUAUAGUCAGAAAAAUACGCUACUUGAAAUGUAUAUUUUACUUUCUCACUGGCACUCAUCAAAGGCGGACGCUCCCUUGUCCUUCUCCCUUUUGUCUCCCGCUUGCUUCUUUGUUUUUAACUUUCAUGUUGCCCCUUUUCGCACUUCUCUCUGAAAUCCAAACAAUGGCAAGGAGAAGGAGUUUGCAACCGACUCCUUCCCUGUCUUUCAUGGACACACACCUGUUGUCGUCUACUCUAGUCGGACUGACUGGCCGUGUUAUCGCGUUUGCAAGCACGCCGAGGUCACGGAACAGAGACACGCUGCAGGCUUACACACACACAGGACAGUUUGGACACACCUUUCUCAUUCAAUCUUUAUGUUCAUGACUAUUUACAUUGUAGAUUGUCACAUCAAAACUAGGAAUGAACACAUGUGGAGUUAUGUACUUUACAAAAAAAAGGUGAAAUAACUGAAAACAUGUUUUAUAUUCUAGUUUCUUCAAAAAAA